AUGUGGGUAUAUUUUGCUUCCCAGUGCUUGAAUUUAAAAGAGAGAGAGGCUUGUGUGCUAUUUACUAAUUUUGUUUUUCCAGUGAAUUUUUUGAAAUGGUGUUCAAACACCAUGGAAACACAUAAUCUAACAUACAUCUUUGAAUUCUACCUCACUGGUUUCUCAGAGGACACAGACAUGCAGCCCAUCCUCUUUGGACUGUUCCUGUCCAUGUACCUGGUAACAGUGCUUGGGAACCUGAUCAUCAUUCUAGCUGUCAUCUCUGACUCUCACCUCCACACACCCAUGUACUUCUUCCUCUGUAACCUGUCCUUGGCUGACAUCUGUUUCACCUCCACCACGGUCCCAAAGAUGAUUGUGGACAUCCUAACUCACAGGAGGGUCAUUUCCUAUGUGGGCUGCCUGACACAGAUGUCUUUUGUUUCAAUGUUUGGAUGUAUGGAUGACGUGCUUCUGACUGUAAUGGCCUAUGACUGGUUUCUGGCCAUCUGCCACCCUCUGCACUAUGCAGUCAUUAUGAAUCCUCGCCUCUGUGUCUUAUUACUUUUGGUGUGUGUCUCUAUUAGCUUUUUUGACUCCCAGCUGCAAAAUCUAACUGUGUUGCAAUUUACUUGCUUCAAGGAUGUGAAAAUUGCUAAUUUCUUCUGCCAUCCUACUCAACUCUUUAACCUUUCAUGUUCUGAUACCUUCAUAAAAACCUUUGUCACAUAUUUGGUUGGUACCAUGUUAGGCUUUUUUCCAGUGUUAGGGAUCAUUUUUUCUUACUGUAAAAUUGUUUCCUCCAUUCUAAAAAUACGAUCAUCGGGUGGGAGGUACAAAGCCUUCUCUACCUGUAGUUCACACCUGUCAGUUGUUUGCUUAUUUUAUGGAACUGGUAUUGGAAUGUACCUUGGUUCAUUUGUGUCAUAUUCUCCCUGGAAAGGCAUGGUGGCCUCAUUGAUGUACACUGUGGUCACCCCUAUGCUGAAUCCCUUCAUCUACAGCCUGAGGAAUAGGGACAUUACUAGCACCCUGAAGAGGCUCCAUUGUUGAAGAGUCUAAUCUCAUGUUGUUUGGCAUCCAUUUGCAAUGUUGUUUUUGAAAAUGUAAUGAAAUUGAAUAUCUCUUACUCAUCUGUGAACACUGUCUUAUUUCUCAUAUGAUCUUAUAAGACUGAUGUAUUCAGUAUUAUUUCCUGACUAAUAUGAGAAUCAUGGCAGAUUGGGGGUUGGUGGAAUUUACGUUCUAUUCAUGCUGCCAAAAAAUUUCAGUUGUGAAGAUGAAAGAUGGGUAACGUUUUUGGUUGUACAAAAAUGAUAAUGCAAUUAAUAUUACUAAACUGUGGUUAAACUGCUAAAAUUACAUUUAAUUAUGUAUGUCUUACUACAAUAAACAAUGGAAACAAAAAUUUGAGGGUUUUUCUAGACAGUGUCUGGCUAUAUAUUUCAGGCUGGCUUUGAAGUCACAAGGGAUCCCAGGAUUGCCAUUAGAUCAAAGUGAUUCCCCUGCCCACUCCUUAAUGCUAAGA